UUGUAGAAAAGUCACGUUUCAUUACUCAUGAAUUUGAUGAUAAGUCAGUAAAUCGAGUCACGUGACUUUGUAUAUCUCUACUGAUUCAACUUGACAAAGCGUGGAACUGUCACUGUCAUCAUAAAGAUGAAGAGUGCAAUGUCUUUUUGAGACAGAUAUGUCAUAUUUUAUAGGCAAGAAUAAUGAAUAAUAAUUAAAAAAUUAAUGAACAAUUAUUAAUUUGUCAUGAUGAGCGAUUAUAAGUUUAUGAUUCAAUUGUAUCCAGAAAUGAUAUUGGUUUCCAAGAAACCAGUAACAUGGAAAGGAUUUUUAGAAAUUCCAUGCAACUCAGGGCGAAGUAUGCGAAUCAGGCUAAAAUUGAUUGUGCACAAUUAUCCAUCACUGUCCGGUGCAGAAAUUUAUUUUGGCAAAGAAAUUGCAUUUAUACGCAGAAAAGAAUUUAGCGACAAAGUAAAGGAUUUAAUGUGUAGCGUAACCAAAGUAUCAACAUUCUUAAAACAAUUACAAUUGCUAAUUAGCAAUUUCAUCAAUUCUAGUUAUAUUGAAAAUUAUGAGUAUGAUGUGAUAGCUGACCAAGCAAUGGAAACAUUAAUGGAAUUAAAAAAUGUGCUUAAGAUACCAUCUGGAAUUAAGAUAUCAUCUGAUAGUAGCCUAAAUACAAUUGAACUAUCCUUGAACAAUGUGACUGUAAGACUGCAAAGAACGAGUCAUAGAACAUGCCCAUGGACAGUUGUUUAUUCAGAUUUGCCUGAAAUAUCUACUCUUGGCCCUUUUGAAAGGAAUAUAUCAACAUUAGAUAUAGCAAGAAAUAAACUUAAGUUACAAGUAGAAAUGCUUAAGAAAGUAUGGUCAAAUUUAAAACAGAUUGAUGAGAAUUGUUGGGUGAUAGAUCCAUUGCAACCAAAACCAUGUCAUCUUUAUCGACGAAUUUACUUAACACCAUCUUUAUCAAUGUUUAUUAAAAUAGAUCCUUUGAAUCACAUGGAUUUGCCAGAAAUUAAAUUUAUGGGUAGUGAUAUCGAAGUUGAAUCAAAGACAGACCUAGUUUCCAGAAAUUUAAAUAAAUGGGAUCCAAGCUGUGAUAUUAUAAAUAAUUUAAUGACAUUAUUAGAUAUAGACGCAUUUCCUAAAAAAGAAAUAAAAAAGGAAGAGAUAGAUUACAAUGUUAUUGUUACUGAUGAAGAAUGUUGUAUUUGUUUUUCUCUAAAAUUAGACAAUGAAACUCUACCUGAUAAAAUUUGUAAUAAUGAAAAAUGUAGAAGGCAUUUCCAUACAUCUUGUUUAUUACAGUGGCUACAAACAAUUGCUGGAAAUCAUGUUAUAUUUCAUCAAAUUCAUGGUUCAUGCCCCAACUGCAAGGAAAGCAUAUCAUGUCGUAUUAACUAAUGUAAUUAAAAACUAUUUAACAUGAUAGUCUUUUAUUAAUUAAUUCAUUCAAACACGUGUAUAUGUGUGUAAUUCAUGCAUUUUACGGACUGUUCAACGAAUCUAUUAAAUUGAUUAGUGCCACAUAUUAAGAUUAA